CACAGAGACAGCCUCCGACGACUGUACGGCGGACCUGGCUGUAGUUUUCGUUUAAAAAAGAGAAGAAGAGGUACGUACAAGGACAGCGAUUACGGACAAAAUAUAUGACGUCCUUUGAGAUUAUUUGAGUUUGAAGAUCGGUCCCCUGUUGAUUCAGAUAGCAACGACAAGCAGGUAGUUCCAUAGAGGGAGGACAAGAGAGUGGAGUCAUGUCAGCCAGAGGGGGGAAGAAGAAGAGCACGAAGCUGUCCCGCUCAGCGCGGGCCGGCGUCAUAUUCCCGGUGGGCAGGAUGAUGCGCUACCUUCGCACCGGCACACACAAGUACCGCAUCGGCAUGGGCGCGCCCGUCUACAUGGCCGCCGUCAUCGAGUACCUGGCAGCUGAGAUCCUGGAGUUGGCCGGCAACGCCGCACGGGACAAUAAGAAGGGACGCAUCACACCCCGUCACAUCAAGCUGGCCGUGGCCAACGACGAGGAGCUCAACCAGCUCCUGCGAGCCGUUACCAUCUCCAAUGGAGGCGUGCUGCCCCGUAUCCACCCCGAGCUCCUGUCCAAGAAGAGGGGCGGCCGGGUCAAGGUGGAGCCCCAGGUCAUCGUGGCCGAGAAGACGAACCGCGGGAAGGGCAUGAAGAGGCCACCGGGCAAGAGGAACAAAGGGAAGCCAGGACGCAAGCCCAAGAAGAUCACAGAGAAUGACAAAGAGCCGAGCAGCAGCUCGCCCGCAGAUGACGGUCUGGGCGACGGCUUCACCAUCCUCUCCGCCAAGAGCCUCUUCCUCGGACAGAAGGUCUCCCUUACAGAGAGUGAAAUCGGUAAAAUCGGCACCAUCAAAGUGGAGGGAAUCAUCAACCCCACCAACGCUGAGAUCGACCUGAAGGACGGAUUCGGUACGGCACUGGAGAAAGCAGGAGGCAGAGAGUUUCUGGAGGCAGUAAAAGAGCUGAGGAAAUCACAAGGCCCCCUGGAGGUGGCCUCAGUGCUGGUGAGCCAGGCGUCCGGUAUGGCGGCUCGUUUCGUGAUCCACUGUAACGUGCCUCCGUGGGGUUCGGACAAGUGUGAGGAGCAACUGGAGAAGGCCGUCAAGAACUGCCUCUCCGCCGCCGAGGAGAAGAAGCUCAAAUCAGUCGCCUUCCCUCCACUCCCAUCCGGCAGAAAUGGUUUCCCCAAGCAGACAGCAGCCCAGCUCAUCCUGAAGGCCAUCUCCAGUCACUUUGUUAGCACGACGACCUCCUCUCUGAAAAACAUAUACUUUGUGCUGUUUGACAGCGAGACCAUCGGCGUCUACCUGCAGGAGUUGGCCAAGCUAGACGCCAAGUGAGGAGAGCCAACCAAUCACAGCGCUUCAUUCCUGCGUUUUUGUUUUUUAUUUUUGUUCGUUUUGUUUUGAUUUAUAACGUUUUGGCGGUUGCCAUGGAGAUUCCAGAUAGACGUUUCUGCAGAUGGCAUUGUGUUCGAUUGAAGAUUCCGUACGUAGAUGUGGUUUUUAAAGGAGGGGUUAAAAAAAAAGAAAGUCUUUUUUGACAAAUGUUUUGAGAAAGGAUAUUUGUGAGUGUUGUACUGUGUUUUGCCUUUAUGUUCCACUGUUUUCUCUCUUGUGAGGAUGCUCAUGUGUGUAGGAUAGAUUAAACAGACCCACCCAACCCCCCCCCGUCCUGAACCCCUGCACUUGACAUUGUAUUCUUAGAUGAUUUGACAUUCCAUGUACAAAGUUCAUGUCUGGAGAUCUGAUGUUUUCUUCUCAUGGUUUUCCUCAGAUGCUCUGUGUAGUUUCUGAUAAAAUUAGUUUACUAAGAAAAAAAAAAAAACGUUUCUCAUACUGGUUUGAAAUAAAAUCUUACAAUUUUACACCAUA